CAGUUUUCUCAGCUUUCUCAGCAGUCUCAGUUUUUUUUUUCUCUCUUUCGUUCCAGCGCACAGAUAUGGACGACGCCAAGAACGUGGGCAACACGUACGGCCUUCCGCUGGGCAGCCUGUUCAUCUUCAACUUGAUUGUCGGUGCUGGCUCGCUGUCCAUCCCGCAGGCCUUUGCCGAGACGGGACUGCUGUUCGGGACCCUCGUGCUCGCCUUCAUGGCGGCGAUGAGUUUCAUUACAAUCACAUACAUGGUUGAAGUCAUGUCCUCGGCGAACGGCAUCCUCUCGGUCGAAGGCAAAGGCGCGUUGCAUCCGCACGAGCCGACACGGCGCUCGCUCUUGCCAGCAGGAUUCUCGGACGCAACCAACGCCGUCGAAGCGUCGGAACAAACCUUCCAAAUCACACAGCGCACCGAGAUGGGCCUGAUGGCACGCAUGUUCUUUUCAAAGAACGGAGUGCGCCUCUUUUACUUUUGCAUUGCAGUGUACCUGUACGGCGAUUUGGCCAUCUAUGCUGCCGCCGUACCAAAGUCGCUGGGCAAGGUCGCAUGCCCGCAGCCCACCAACGGAACUGCGCCAGUGAACGGCACCUGGGUGGCUCCCGACACGUGGGACUGCUUUGGCCCGUUCAACUCGGACUCGCUCUACCGCUUCUUUGUGGCCAUCUUCUUUGCCUGCAUGUUGCCGUUCGCCUUCACGAACGUCCAAAAGACAAAGUACCUGCAGCUGGCCACCUCGUUCAUCCGAUACUUUUCGCUCCUUUCCAUGAUCAUCAUCGGCCUCGUCCAAGUCAACGACAGCUCGACGCCAAACCUGCCGCCCGCCUCGGAGGUCCUCGACCGAUAUGACAUCACGGCCGUGCCCGCCAUGUUUGGCGUCUCCAUCUAUUCCUUCAUGUGCCACCAUUCGCUGCCUUCGCUCGUCACGCCCAUCCGCAACAAGCGCCGCCUCAUCCCGCUGUUUGUGUUUGACUUUACCGUUGUGUUGGCCUUCUAUCUCAUGCUGUGCUACUCGGCCAGCUUCCGCUACCAUCACAGCGACAUCAAGGACGUCUACUCGCUCAACUUUAACGACUAUAGCAUUACCUUUUUCAAGUACUUUUUGCAACUCUUCCCCGUCUUCACCUUGAGCACCAGCUUCCCCGUCAUCACCAUCACGCUUCGCAAUAACCUGCGGACGCUGUUCGAACGUGAGGAUGGCCAGCCUUACGCUCCUUGGAUUGAAAAGGCAGUCUUCCCGUUGGUCGCCAUCAUCCCUCCCGUCCUGGUCGCGCUGGGCACCGACGACGUGAGUGUCCUCGUUAACGUUACUGGGUCGUAUGCCGGCCUGGGUGUGCAAGUCAUCAUUCCGGCUUCGCUCGUGUACUUUAGCCGCAAGCGCAUUGCCCGCGAGUUUGGUUCUCUGAAAAGCCAUCCCCACCUGUCGCCCUUUGGCUCGAUCCGAUGGAUGAUCUUUAUUGCCACCUGGUGCGUUGUUUGUGUUACGCUCGUAACCUACAAUCUCAUUUCAUCUCAUCUCUGAGUUUCAAGGAUGAGCCGUUGUGUACGCUUUGCUUGCCAGAUUGAUUCAAGUUUUGUUUUUUGUUUUUUUGUAUUCGAACAACAUAACAGCUUAUAUAUGUAACAAUGUCAACCAUUU